AUGUCUGCUCCUGCUGCUUUCUCUGACAUCGCCAAGGCGGCCAACGAUCUCCUGAACAAGGAUUUUUACCACACCAGCGCUGCCAGCCUUGAGGUUAAGUCCAAGGCUCCCAAUGGCGUCACCUUCAACGUGAAGGGAAAGUCUGCCCACGAGGGCCCCAUCGCUGGUAACCUCGAGGCCAAGUACGUCGACAAGCCUACUGGUAAACGCCCCCAUCAUCGCAAACGUCCCUUAAGGAAACCACCCGAUUCCCUAAACCUCCGAUUGCGUGACAAACGGCCUGUAGUCAUCAUAUCAUGCACACAUGGCCUGUCAGCGUCUACUAAAAUGAUUAUUACGUCAAGGCUUACCGAACAUGAAAUAAUGCUAAUAAUUUAUCCCCGCUCAGGCCUCACCCUCACCCAGGCUUGGACCACCGCCAACGCCCUCGACACCAAGCUCGAGCUCGACAACAACAUUGCCAAGGGCCUCAAGGCUGAGAUCAUCACCCAGUACCUCCCUGCCAAGCAGUCCAAGGGUGCUAAGCUCAACCUCUACUUCAAGCAGCCCAACCUGCACGCUCGUGCUUUCUUCGACCUCCUCAACGGCCCCUCUGCCAACUUCGAUGCUGUCCUUGGCCACGAGGGCUUCCUCGUCGGUGCUGAGGGUGGCUACGAUGUCCAGAAGGCUGCCAUUACCAAGUACUCCGCUGCCGUCGGCUACAGCGUUCCCCAGUACUCUGCUGCCAUCACCGCUGGCAACAACCUGACCGUUUUCUCUGCUAGCUACUACCACCGCGUCAACGCUCAAGUUGAAGCCGGUGCUAAGGCUACCUGGGACUCCAAGGCGGGCAACUCUGUUGGCCUUGAGGUUGCCAGCAAGUACCGCCUUGACCCCUCUUCCUUCGCCAAGGCCAAGAUCAACGACCGUGGUAUCGCCGCUCUGGCCUACAACGUUCUCCUCCGCCCUGGUGUCACCCUCGGCCUCGGUGCUUCCUUCGAUACCCAGAACCUUAACCAGGCUGCCCACAAGGUUGGCGCCAGCUUCACCUUUGAGGCUUAA